AAUCUGCUUGCCCUCAGUAGCGAUGGUGGGCAUGAGUGUUCUUCGGUCUGCCGCUGCUUUUGCAGCCAGGCUAAAUCCUCUAAAAUCGGGGAAUUCUGUGGUGAAUUUGCUCAGCAGAACUGCACAACACACAGAUAAAGGGGCAGUCCGCUGGGGAAGCCAUGGGAAGCAGAUGUUUAUCAUCAAGCCCACUGGCUUCUAUGACCGGAGGUUUCUGCAGUUAUUGAAAUUCUAUAUCCUGCUUACUGGAAUCCCAGUUGCGGUCUUUGUGACAUCCGUGAAUGUGUUUGUCGGUGAGGCUGAGCUGGCUGGAAUUCCUGAAGGUUAUGAGCCUGAGCAUUGGGAGUACUACAAGCAUCCUAUCACCAGGUGGAUCUCACGGACCUUCUAUGACUCCCCAGUGAAAGACUAUGAGAAAAUGAUGGCUCUGAUCCAGAUUGAGUCUGAGAAGGGUGAGAUGAGACUGAAACAGCUAGAGGUGCGUAAGCAGAUGAGAACGAAGGGAGAUGGACCUUGGUUCCACAUUGAGACACUGGACAAGAAUCUGGUCGACAACAGCAUCAAAUCAACGCCUGACAAUUAAACCAACCGGUCCAACCACCCAGUCUAAACUGUCAGUGCCACGUGUUGAUGGCUCACUGUUUGUAUAUUAUUUUCUUCAUGACUAAAAUAAAGUAAAUGUCAAUACUUUGAAA